AUGGCUUUCCCCGGAUCCGAGUACAUGGCCGAGGCGCCCGCUGGCCAAGGUCGAUUCGACGCGGGGACAAUUACAUCAGGAGCGCUGGCUUUGGGCGGCACGCUGACCUCGCUCUCCAUCAUUUUUGUUGGUCUGAGAGCAUAUACAAGGAUUUCUCUAGUCGGAAAAGCUUUUGGUCUCGAUGACUAUCUCAUAGGCAUCUCAUUGGGGUGGGCGAUAAUCUUUUUUGGUCUCUCGAUCAAAUUAUGUGACCUUGGCGUGGGAGUUCACAUAUGGCAGGUCAAGCGCGACGAUUAUUCCCCUGCGUUUCUGCUGCAUGGCUUGAUCGUGGUCGUCGUUUAUUCUCUUGGCGUUACAACGGCAAAGCUCUCCCUGCUUGUGCUCUACCUGCGUCUCUCGCCAGAGCGGUGGUUCAGGAUCGUCACCAUGACGUUUAUUGGUCUUGCCACGGCCUACGCGCUCACCUACUUAUUCCUGAUAGUGUUCAGCUGCAGACCUACCCAAGCCUCCUGGGACCUUUCGGCAAGGCCAGGGGCGGUAUGCGUUGACAAAAACAUAGUCUACAUGGCUCUUAGCGGAACCAAUAUCAUCAUGGAUAUCGUUUGUCUGAUCCUCCCCUUGAAGAUCAUCAUCCCUCUUCAGAUGGCCAGGAGACAAAAAUGGUCUCUGAUCCUUCUUUUCGCCACAGGCAGCUUCAAAGACUACACCUUUGACCUCGAAAAGCAACUAAACUGGGCGUCUAUCGAACUAAAUGCCGGUGUCGUUUGCGCAUCUGUCCCAGCUCUCAAGCCGCUCUUCAUGCACUACCUACCCAUGUUUGUUACCUCCCGCAUUGCCGGUUCCAAAUGCAACAAAUCGAACCCGAACUAUCAGAACCACCUAACAACGGACCCCUUCUCAUCAACAAUUGAGAACAACAAGAAGCGCCGCAACGUUCAGUCUGAGGCCUACGAGUUGCAUUCGCGCGACGACGUCUCUCUUUCGCCAAGCGAGAUGCAGAGGAACGGCUCAAACGAAGAUGUUGCGAAACUUUGGUCGGGCGACGCGUUUCGCAAAGACUGUGCGGGGCACCGAGAAACUAUUAUCGAGUCGAAGCACAGAGACAAUGACAGCAGCAGUAUUGACAGUAUUGGAGAGAUUCAACCGAUACCUGAGGGUAGUUCGCGUCCAACUCCGCAGCGAGUGAAAAGCAUGAGCAUCAGAGUUACUACUGAAACAAGAGUUGAAUACGAAGAGCCGUAG